GACGAACAAACCCGAUACCUCAGGACGAACAAACCCGAUACCUCCUCAACGUGAAACCGAAAGUAACUUAGUUUUAGCUCUUGUCAGCGUUGGAAAUGCCAGGACCAAGAUAUGAUGCUCAGAAAUGCAUGGGCAAAGUGCUCAUUGUGAAUAAUCAGACCUAUUAUGCUGAAAAGGAAAAAGACAAAAAUCGCCCCAUAGAUAUAGGGAAAGAAGACAAGAAGGUGGAAGAAUUGAUUAAGACAUUGAACGAUUUGGGGUUCACAGUUCUUGACGUUGAAAAGAACAAAACCAGAGAUCAGAUGAUUAAAUUGUUAAAAGAAGUUGCUGCUAAAAGCGAUUUAAAAGAUGAUUAUUGUUUUAUCUGCAUUGUCUUGUCUUAUGGACAAGAUGGCGUAAUUACUUGUUAUGAUGAGACUCAUUCACCCAAAAAUCCAACAGCAGGUAUGCAACUACCUGUCUCUGAACUUCAAGAAUGUCUGAAGGGAGACAAAUGUAAAGGUCUUCUCUUGAAACCCAAGAUAUUCAUGUUACAGUUGGAAGAAGCUCUACGUGACUCAAAGGAUGGUAUUGAAACAGGAGCACAAGCACCCAAGCCAGUGAAAAUCCCAAGAGAAGCAGAUUUUCUGACAUAUACAUGUGAAAGAGAAAGAGCUAUCACAACCUGGGAAAAAGGAUUGAAACAAUAUGUCCAGGAACCUAAACAACCCUUAGAGAUCCAAAAACUCCUGACACGGAUGAACCGUCUAUAUUGUGAAUAUUACAGCACACAAGGAAUGACAGUCGAUACACCUUGCGUGACCUCGCUUCUUACCAGAGAAGCUUAUUUGAAGAUAGAGGAGCCAAGCCCAAAAUAACAUAUAGUUUGUUGUCUCUAAGAUACAUGAACCAUCAACCAUUAUGUAUAUGUGUGUUAUAAAUUACUCAAGAAAUGAUUAAAUCAUUUGCAGCAUUGUAAUGAUGAUGUAAUAUUACAUUUGCAAUAAGCUUGAAUAACUUUAAUAAAACAUAUACACAUAUAUGAUUUAGAUUACAUGUUUAUAAAAAAAGCUCACAUUUGUUUAAUUGUUAUUCAAUUGUUGAUAUGAUAAAAAUGUGAAUACCAGCUAUUUAGAACUUGGAUUUUGAGAAAACGCAAUCAUAUUACUUGAUCGAUAUAUACAUAUGCAUCAAUGAAUUUUACAAACUGAUUUCUAAUAUAUAUAUAUUCCAAUAAUAUAUGUGAAAUGUAUUUCAUUAUUUUUUUAAUACAGUUGUUGGUUUUUUGUGUUUAAGCAACAUUUAUAGUGAUUGGUUGAUCAUAUCCAAACAAGUUUCAAUAAUGUCAUAUGUAUAAAAAAAAUUAAGAGAUUGCAUGCAUGAAUAAUUCAGAAAAUGAUUUCUCGAUCUCCCUUUUUGGUUUCUGUAUUUAAUCAAUUGACUGGUCUUUGUUUCAUACAAGCUCAAUUAGACUACCAAUCAGCCUUGUACCCUCAUCGGAGGGGGAUGGUGCAUGCAAGAUAUUAUGAUCCUCUUGGUUGUUUUCCUUUUUCCUGAUUUUUUAAAAUUUAAUUCUAUUGUAACAGUUUGUCUCAUUACAUAUGUUCAUUAUAUGAAUGUAUAUCUAUUAUAUUAGCCUAUUGCCUUACUUGUACUUUUCUGUAAUUUAGAUUUAGAAUGUUGCUUACUAUCAAAGUAAUUGUGUCAAUAUAAUGUAAUUGAGUUUUGAUGCCUUUUCUUUUUGUAUUAACAUUUGGUGUUUUGUUGAUGAAAUAUUCAUAGGCUUUAAUGACAUCAAUUGAUGAUUGUUGUUUAGUUUUAUGGACUUUAUACAUGUACUUGUAAUCCCUGGUCUCUUGCUGAAGUAAGAUAACAUUUCCUGGUAUAUUUUUAUCUAGCUACAAGUGCUAUGUAUUAUUAACGCUAUAAUAUCUGUGCUUGAUCAUGAAGUCAUUAAGUUUCGUCUGAUCAUCAAAUUUGUCUCAAGCAAUAAUGUUUUUUCAGAAGAAUUUUUUUUAUGAAAAGUGUUUUUGUCCUUAAGAGUUUUAUGUUUCUAUUGGUCCGGAUUUUUCACAAUCUAACCUGUGCUCAAUCAUCAAACGGUGAUCUCUUAUAAAUCUCUAUGCAAAAAUAAUUUUUAUAACCAGUGUGAGAACCUUGAACCACUGAUUGCUCAAGAAGCAGCAUGAAUUACUAUUGUCUGAUAAUAUACUACAUGUAUUUAUUCUAGUAUCAUUCAUGAUGUUAACUGUAUAAUAUCUAGUCUGUUGUUAUAGAUUUCAAAAUUUAUAAAAUCAGGGUAAUAUAUUGGACCUUGUCAAUUACGAUAAUUUUAUAUGCAACUUGAUAUAUGUUGCCCAAAACAUUCUAACAUUCAUUGGGCAUGAUAAAAAGUCAAUAACAACGAAUAUGUGUUCGAACCAUUUGUAUAUGUAUAUGCAAUAAAAUAUGUUCAAACUGUUAUAUAUUUGUAGCUUUUAUGCAUUAAAAAACUAACAAUUUCCAAU